GGGACACACAUAUCCGGACCGUGCCAGGACCGAGACACGGCCGGGUGGCGCUCGUCCCUCGGUACGUUUGUCUUCAAGCCACACUCUUCCGGGUCUCGCCAGUGUUCCGUUCGUUUCCAUUGCUGUGACAUUGAAAUAUCUGUCGUCUUAUUUUUUUUUUUAAUAGUUAAAAUGUUUAGUAGUUUUCGAAAUAGUGACUUGGGCAUGAUAGCCCUUAUGAUAGCCCUUGCUUUAGAGGAGGAAGAGAAUGAAACAAGAAUGAGAAAGCCAAGUAACAGAAAUAUAUGGGUUCACAGUGCAUGGAAGACAAGAUCUCUACAAGGGGAGUUUCGAACGCUAUUCCCUCUUCUCAUCGAUGAUGAGACAAAAUUUUACGAGUAUUUCAGGAUGACACAGUUUACAUUCCAUCAACUACUAAACAAACUUGAAGCAGAAUUGAAAAAAAAUGAUACUUUUUGGAGACCAUCAAUUUCUCCCACACAACGCCUGGCUGUAUUUUUAAGAUUCCUUGCUACAGGAGAUUCUUUCAAAACCAUUUCCUUUAGCUACAGGCUGGGAAAAUCAACAGUUGCAUCCAUUAUCCAUGACACCUCUAAAGCAAUAAUCAAUGUUUUGUUAGAUGAGGUUAUGCCUGUAUCGAAAGAAAAUGAAUGGAAUGCUAUAGCGGAAGAAUUUUGGAGAAAAUGGCAGUUUCCAAAUUGCAUCGGGGCCAUAGAUGGGAAGCAUGUUGUAAUACAAGCUCCAAAAAACUCAGGAAGUCUUUAUUGAAAUUACAAGAAGACAUAUUCUAUUGUGCUGCUGGCCCUUGUUGAUCCGUGCUACAACUUUAUUGCAGUAGAUCUGGGAGCAUAUGGGAAAAACUCAGAUGGAGGUAUUUUGGCAAACUCAAAUCUUGGAAAGUCAUUAGAAAAUAACAAACUUAAUGUACCAAAAAUUAAAGCAUUACCUAACACUAAUAUUGAACUUCCAAUGGUAAUUGUUGGCGAUGAAGCUUUUCCUCUGAAAAGAUAUUUAAUGAGACCUUAUCCAGGAAGGGGCUUGACAAAUGACAAAGCUAUUUUUAAUUAUCGUUUGAGUCGGGCAAGAAGAAUAUCGGAAAAUGCUUUUGGUAUCCUGCAACAGAAAUUUAGAAUAUUUAAUAGAACCCUCCAAGGAGAUCCUGGAAAUCUAACAAACAUCGUUAUGACUAUUUUGUACAACUUUAUUCGAAAAAUCGAAGGUUAUAAGGUUUCUGAACAGGUGUUGAACGAAAGUGAAGCAGAUAGAAAAUCUGACAGAUAUUCAAAUCUUCAAAACCUACCUCGGCUUCGUGGUAGAUCUACAUAUGCUGCAUUUGAUGUGCGAGAGCCACUGAAAACCUUUUUGAAUU